AUGGCGACUAGUGUGCUCCUAGAACAAGGCUGGCACCUUACAGAAGAAGGAAUUGCUGAAUGUAUUGAAAAUGGAAACAAAAGUGCACAAGCAAUUAUAAAAGCUGCCCUUGAUACUGAUCUUCGCCAUAUUGGAGAAAAAUAUCUCCCUGAUGACAUUAACAGAGGUAGGGUAGAUUAUAUUCAGGGCCCAUGUAUUCUUCAAGUACAGAAAAUCCGUAAUGUUUCUGCUCCUAAGGACAAUGAAGAAUCUCAAGCAGCACCCCGUUUACUGAAAUUGACACUUACAGAUGGACAUAAUAGCUGCUCUGGAGUUGAAAUGGAUACAGUUCACACUGUGAGCUUGAAUACACCACCUGGAACCAAAAUACAAUUUUCUGGAACAAUUCCUAUAGAAAAUGGAUUCUUACAAUUAAAUGGCAGAAACACAAAAUGUAUUGGUGGUAGAGUAGAAAAACUUCUAGAAAAUUGGGAACUCAAACGGAGAUUGGCAAAGCAACACCGAGCUGGUAUCAUCUCUGAAGGGGGUCCACCACCAUUUGUGCCUUUUGGCCAAAAAAUGAAUAAAGCACAUGUUAGAACAGAUAACUUUAAAUCUCUGGAUGUUGGUAAAGAAAAGAAAGAAAGUGAGGAAUUUGAAAUGCAGAGAAGAGCUACAAUUGCUGAAGCUGUUCAGGCAAAAGAAGAAGGAAAAGCAAAAACAUUUGGUGGCAAUAAACAGGCUCUGAAUGACAAAGAUGUUGCACACCUUGUAGAGAUGGGCUUUGGUACCGAACAUGCAUGUCAAGCCCUUCGUCAGAAUAAUGGAAAUGUUAAUGACGCUAUUGUCUCUUUGCUUGGCAAGUCUGGAGGUUCAGGUCCAAGAGAUGGAGGAUCAAGAGGGAAUCCCAAUAAUUCUACCUCCGGACAACUUAAGACUAGUGCCAAGCUGGGUGGAGAAAAGCCAGAGAAAUUUCAUGGCCGUGAAAGAAAAGGUCGGAAGAAAAAUGAAGAAAAAGAAACUGGAAAUGAAGAUGUUGCUCCAAGUCGUCCAUCAGGUCCUGCAACAUUGUUUGACUUCUUGGAAACAAAAAUACCACUGAAAGAUGACACAAAAUCACAUAAUGACCGAAAGACUUCAGAUUUGAAAAAAGAUGCUAACUGUGAUAACAGCAAGUUAGAUGUUGAUGGGCGUCAAAGUUCUGAUAACCGAAAAGGAGCAGGAAAUAGACGUAACAAUUUACCCCCACGAUUGUCAGGCAAAUCUAACAACAGCAGCAACAGCACUGGUCAAAACCAUGGCAACAGUGAGUAUGGCAACACAGAAGAGGUGAUGCUCACGGAUAUAAAGCCUAUACCUAAAAACUGGCAUGAAAUUUCAAAGAACUCUAAUUCUCGUGGAAAGGGCCCUACAGGACAGCAGCAGGGCCCAUUCCACAACACUGGCAUGAUUCCUCAUUCUGGAACAAUGAUAGCUCAUCAGCAAAUGAAUUCACACCAGACUCCAAUGGCUGCUGUAGCAGCAGCCGCGGCAGCAGCAGCAGCUGCAGCUGCAGCUCAACAACAAAUGACAGUCUCUAAUUCUCAGUACCCUGGGGAACAGCUGAUGAUGCAACAAAGCCACAUCUCUACCAUGGAAUUCCGUAGAGGUGGAGGUGGUUCACCAUAUGCUCGUAGAAUGCAACAACAACAACAGAUGAUGAUAAUGCAAGAAAAAGUGAAACCUACCCAACAAUUUUAUAUGCCUCCUGCUCAGAGAGUCAUGAAACAAUAG